GACAGACCGACACACACAGUGGAAUGGAUCAGGAGCUGCGUCUAAGGCUUUAAAAGAGGAUGGUGUUUGGGAUCAUUCUGACAGGGAGCAGAGCAGAGCAAUAGGUGGACUAUAUAUUUCCCCCUUUCACUGGGAUCUGUCUCUCACUGGGGGGAGGAAGAGAGGAAGAGAGGGACAGACGGAAAGCAUAGACGGAGGACGUGUGCCCAUGAGGUCGUUGCUGUUGGUGCUUCUGCUGAUUGGCGUCCAGGCUGUACUGAACAUGGGAGGUGUCCUGGGCCCGGUGGCAGCCAACCACAGCGCAGAACACCACACAGUAGCCAAUGGCAGAGCAAAACAGCAGCGGGCGGCCCGCCUCUCAGUGUCACCUCAGCAGGAGCAGCAGACUCAGCAGAGACCCAGCCGGACCAGACAGGCCCACAGGCCAGCCUCUCUACCCCAGGGCAGGAUCUCUUCCCUGGGCCACUCUGAGACAGGCUCCCCCUCUACCUCCUCCAUCCCGGAGGUGGACACCAAACUGUUCAGCAAGCGGCUCUACCACUCCUCGCCGCGCGUCGUCUUCAGCGACGUACCCCCCUCUCACCACGGCCUGGGGGGGGGGACGGGGGAAGAGGAGGGAGAGGAGGAAGUGGGGAGGGUGAUGGGUGGGGGAGUGAGGGUGAGGCGGAAGGCGGGGGGGCAGCCCAUGCACAGGGGGGAGUACUCCGUGUGCGACAGCAUCAGCGUGUGGUUGGGGAACCUGACCAAGGCCACAGACAUCGCCGGCAACGAGGUGGAGGUUCUGCCAGAGGUGAAGAUAGACAACGUCCGCAAGAGACAGUUCUUCUACGAGACCACCUGCCGCGUGGCCACACCCCCGGGGGGCGGAGCUGGGGCUAGGGGAGGGGCCAGUGGAGGCAUUUCUAAAGCAGGGUGCCGCGGCAUCGACAGCCGUCACUGGAACUCGUACUGCACCAACACGCACACGUACGUGCUCGCGCUCACCAAGUCCAAGGAGCAGAUGGCGUGGAGGCUGAUACGCAUCAACGCAGCGUGUGUGUGCGUCCUCAGCCGCAAGUCCUGGAGGCACUGAC